AUGCGCCCCGGGCUCUGUCUCUGGACGACCGUGUGCUGCGAGUGGCUGCUGGGAGACCGGAAGCCUUCCCCCGAGGAGCUGGACAAAGGCAUCGACCCUGACAGCCCCCUCUUUCAAGCCAUCCUGGAUAACCCGGUGGUGCAGCUCGGCCUGACCAACCCCAAAACGUUACUAGCGUUUGAAGACAUGCUGGACAACCCCCUGAACAGCACGCAGUGGAUGAAUGACCCGGAGACGGGCCCGGUCAUGCUGCAGAUCUCCCGGAUCUUCCAGACCCUGAACCGCACGUAGGCGCGCGGCCGCUCCUCCGGGCUGCUGGGCGCCUGUCCCGGGAGCCGGCGUGGCCCCCCCCCCCCCCCCCCCCCGGUGCCGGAGCCGCAGGCUGGGGGGAGAAGGGGGGCCGGCCGACCCUGCCCUCCACACCCGCCCCAGGUCGUCAGAGCUCCGACCUCGGGGGCCCUUCUCCCGCUCCCGUCUUCUGCUUAAACACGUGUGUGAUGGCAGCGUGCAGGCCGGCCGCACCUCUAGCCUCCGAGCGUGUUUACAGGCGCGGCUGCUCCGGGAGGGGUCCCCUCCCGCCACCGUGCCCCGCGGGGCUCUGGAAACGCUCCCUGCCCCGACCCGUAGGCGCUGCUUGUUACUGGGAAGAAGGCAUGUUUCAGCCCAAAGUGUUAAGUCAGUACUAACUUAAGUAGAGGAAAUCACAGAUGAGUUUUCUUUAAUAAAUAAAUUCCCUUUUUCCUGUU